UAUAUUGGCAAAGUUUCUAACUUCAUGCCCAAAAUCAAUUAAAGAAUUGACCAAUCUUAAUGAGUCUGCUCUACAUAUUGCGGUUAAAAGUGAAGAUAUUGAAUCGGUUAAAAUCUUGCUAAAAUGGAUCCAACAAACUUGCAUGGCCUCAAUACUUGAUUGGUGUAAUGACGAAGGAAACAAUGCCAUGCAUCUUGCGGCCCUUGGAAACAAAAAUGAGAUGGUGAAGCUUUUCAUGAACUUGGUGGAUAUCAAAGCAAAGAAUUUGGAAGGCAAGACAGUAGAAGACAUAAUGAAAGAACAUGGUCGUGUGGAAGACAAAGAGAAAAUGAAGGGAGAUCUUCCGCUAAAGAAGCUUAGGAAACAUGGUGGUCUCUUCAUGCGCAGCAUUAGCAUGGAGAAAGAAUUGACUCUAAUAAGUGUGAACUUUGGUCGCAAUGUUAGAGCUUAAUUAGAUUAAAAAAAUAAAUAAUUCCACUACAAAUACUUUAACGCGCUAUGUUUGCAUUUGAAUAUGAAUUUUCCUCAUGUUGGAGGGAUUGGAUAACAAAAAUAUGUUGAGGGUAUUGUUUGAUUUCGUAGUACUCAAAAUGUUGUGGUUGAUGACCUUCAUCAUUUGGCUUGUACUCAAAAGGGUGUAACCUUCA